UCAAAUCGUUAUUUUUUGAGCUUUCAAAAAUUGUCGAAGAGAAAUAUCCUGCAUACAGAAGAACUACUAGGAGAUGAGCCAAACGGAAGUGUCCUGCGAUGAAUCGGAUCCGCAACGAGAAUCAAGAUCAAUCCCGGAGGACGAGGAUGUCAGAUGUACUUUAGAUGGGCUCCUCUUGCAAAUGGUUCAUUUAAUAGAGGACCUGGAGCUGUUGCACUCGCAAGUGAAUAAGGAGUCAUCCAGAGCUCAACUAGUCCUGGCCAGAGUAAGACUGCACCAGAGUGCUCAGCGAAUUCCAGCAGAAGCCCAGUUGCCCAGAGGGCGACCCUACAAGGCUCUCACUCGCGUUGUGGAGGAGCAGAGCUCCUGGGGAACGGUGUUCAGGAUCAUCCGACUGCCUGUCAACCCGAUCUUGGGAUAUCUCCGACCCGUGAGGAACAUCUUUGGCUCUCUGGUGCCAGAUAACUUGCGAAUCGCGAAUCGGCAUUGGGAACACUGCCUGGAUCUCAUAGUUGAAUGUGCCAACAUCAAAAGAGAACUUCAAUCGACGAUUGUCUGCAUAGAGAAGCUGCGAUACUUUCUUAGUCAAAGGUAA